AUGCCCGCAAUCUCACCGGCUGGGGGACCCUAUGGAGAGAGAUUAGUGCCUCAUAUCGUGGAUGGGUUAGCUUUAAGCCACCCGGAAAGAAUUUAUGCAAAGAUCCCACGAACAGCGGACGUCAAUGACGGGUUUAGAGAUGUGAGUAUGAAAGAACUAGCAAAUGCUAUCAAUGUUAUGUCCUGGAUCCUGGAGCAGGUUGAGGGAAAACCCAGUGAAGGGGUCUUCGAGAGGAUCGCAUACAUUGGUGCAAGCGACAUACGUUAUGUGAUCAUGAUGAUAGCGGCAAUCAAAGUUGGCUAUGUGGUUCUACUCCCUUCAGCGCGAAAUUCACUAGCGGGAAACAUAUCCCUAUUGAGGGAGACCAAAUGCACAAAGGUUUUUUAUUCUUCGGAUAUGAGCACUAGAGUACAAGAUUGGAAGCGGGAAAAGCCAGAACUGGACCUCUUCCGUAUGGAGGGUCUAUACGAUCUCCUAGGAAAGGCGCCUCCCAAACAUUAUCGAUACGAGAAGAGUUUCGCGGAUGCGUUCGACGAUCCGUCACUCAUCUGUCACACUUCAGGUUCAACUGGCGCCCCAAAGCCGAUUACUCUUUCGAAUGCUACUUGGGGUAUCCUCGACAACCUCCGGAAAAUCCCUACUGUUGACGGUCGAAGGAACAUGGACUAUUCAUGCUUCGAGUUCAACGACAAUGGCAACUUUAUUUGCUCAUUUCCGCCCUUCCAUAUUGGAGGCAUGCAGUCACAAGUAGUGCUGCCAAUCCUGUAUAGGUCGACACUCGUAAUGUUCCCACCAGACCAGCCAGCUACAGGUGAGACUUUAAGUGCCAUAAUGUCUCAAAUGAAAGUUCGUGUGGCUUACUGCCCGCCCGCGAUACUGGAACAGCUUGUGCGCGUUCCAGCAGGCCUUGAGCAGGCUGCCAAACUGGACUUUAUCAUGUACGCUGGGGGACCUCUUGCACCCUUUGCAGGAGAUCAAUUAAGCAAAGUGACCGAUGUUGGUCAAAUGUACGGUUCGACAGAAACGGGCAUCGUGCCAUGUCUCUUCCCACGGAGGGAGCAUUGGGCGUGGUUUGAGUGGCAUCCAGCAUACGGGGUAGAUAUGCAACAUCAAGGGAACGACAUCUAUGAGCAGGUCCUCAAUCACGAUGCCAGACUAACUUGGAUUCGGACUGUUCAACAAACAUUUCCCGGCGUAAAGGAAUGGCGAACAAAAGAUCUUUUCGGCUUACAUCCUACCAAUCGAAAUCUAUGGCAGUACAGAGGACGGACUGAUGAUGUUCUCGUACUCUCAAAUGGUGAGAAGCUGAAUCCGCUGGGAAUGGAGAAGAUCAUAGAGAGUCACCCAGCAGUAAUGGGAGCUAUCAUCGUAGGCCAAAGCCGUUUCCAACCAAGCUUGUUGAUCGAACCCAGGGUGCAACCCGAGGAUACCGAGUCCUUUGUGGAAGAGAUAUGGCCAACAGUGCAGAUGGCGAAUGCUUACGGGCCAGCUCACGGGAAGAUCUCCAAAACCUACAUUGCCGUAAGCACGUCUGGAAAACCCUUCAUUAGGGCUGGGAAAGGGACCAUCGUACGUCAGAAGACAACGGACCUGUAUGCCAGUGGAAUCGACCAGCUCUACUAUGCUUCAAGCGCACGAAAAAUGCGGGACAUUCCUACACUGAGGAAUCCGCAGGAUCCGGUGGCGCUGAGGCAAUUCCUCGUGGAUUACAUUACCCGAUUGCUGCCGCAUAGCGCAGACGUGGAGACUGGGGACUUCUUCAACGUUGGACUUGACUCUCUUCUGACAAUGGAACUGGCUACCGGCUUACAAUAUAUCCUGACAGAGUAUUUAGGUCGAGCGCACGCACGUCUGAUCAAUGUCAAGCUGAUCUACUCCAAUCCGACACUGGAGACUCUCUCCUCAACACUCAGUGCUCAUUUGAGAAGGGAUCCAGUGACUGCAGGGAGGGCUACAGACUUCGAGGCUGAGCGCAUUUCUCGCAUGAGCGAAUUAUGCGACAAAUACACGAAGGGACUCCCACAGCAACCACUCCAACCAAGAGAGUGUUCGACCUCCAAGAACGACCAUGAUGACCAAAGGACUUCUGCCUCUUCUGUGAACAAUUCCAGUUCAUUAAGUCGUAAUACCCAGGAAUCCUGCCUCAACAUCAUCUUGACAGGGUCCACGGGCUCCUUGGGGAGCCGGAUUCUGCAGGCUUUGGUCAAAUCACGACAUAUAUCACACAUUCACUGCCUCAACCGUUCAGUCAAUGCCAAGUCACGGCAUGUGAAAGAUUUCGAGUCGCGUGGUGUUCAAGUCGAUCUAAGUAACGUCACGUUCCAUACUGCAUCUUUCGGAGAUGUGCAAUUUGGCUUGUCAACAGAGGCUUACAAGAAUUUGUUGACCACAGUCGACCUCAUCAUCCAUAAUGCAUGGAAGGUGGAUUUCAAUCACAGCCUGAGCUCAUUUGAAGACAUUCACAUUCGUGGAGUGAGGAGGUUUGUCGACUUCGUCAUUGAUGGUGCACGGCGGCCAAAGUUUACGUUUGUAUCUUCGAUAGGAUCGGUAGGGAAAUGGACGACCUACUAUCCUGAUCAUCCGCUGGUGACAGAAGAGCCGCUCCAGGAAUAUGGCGUCGCUCAGACAAUAGGGUACGGCGAAUCGAAGCACGUCUCGGAGCGAAUACUGCAAGUAGCAGCUGAGAGGUCAGGAAUCACGGCGAACAUUCUUCGUGUCGGGCAGAUCGCAGGACCUCUUACCACGGAUGGUGGCAAGUGGAAUGAGAAUGAGUGGAUGCCCUCAUUAAUCAAAACCUCAAAGGCGAUGGGCUGUAUACCUAACAAGGUCUUGCAGGUGGACUGGAUCCCCGUGGAUGUCCUGGCAAACAUCAUCGUUGAUAUAACGCUAGCCAAGAAAGAGGGCCUCCAGAUUUACAAUCUAGUAAACCCGAGAGUGGCAGACUGGUCAAGCCUUACCGAGGUCAUCGUGGAGCAAUACCCGGGAAUGCAGGUUGUCACACUCGAAGAGUGGGUGGACAAGUUGAUCGAGGGUAACAAGGAUGAUCAAGCAGAGGUCGAGUUGAAACCUGCGCUUAAGAUACUGGAUUGGUUCAUCGACCUAGAGAAGGCACUCAAUUCGACAUCAUCACAGCAAAACUUCGAGACUCGCAACAGCGUCACAGUCAGCCAGACCAUGGCACAGCUGCGAGUUGUCAAUGGACCGUGGAUGAAGAUUUGGCUAGAUCAAUGGGCUUUCUAA